AUGGUUGAAGAAGCAUUGUCUAACUUUGGUUUGUUCAUUGAUGAUGAAAAUAAAAUUCGUUUGAUCGACCCAGAACGAGUAACUGAUUCAGCUGAACUACGUGAUGAAUGCAAAGAUUUUACUGAUAAUGUACUCGAAUUUAAAAAAAUUGUUGAUACAUUAAUUGAAAAAACUGAGGAAUAUGCAAAACAAGUUGAAGCAGCAAGACUUAAAUCAAUUGGAGCAAAAAAUAUGUUGAAAUCUGCAGCUAAAUAUCGUGAAUUUGAAAAACAACAAUUACAAUCAUUAAUUAAAGAAAAAGUUGUUGAACUUGAGCGACUUCGUGCAGAAUAUGAAUCAUUACAAAAAACUGAACGUGAACAAAAUGAAAAAAUGGAACAACUUUCAUUAAAAGCUUUUAUCUUUGUAUUAUUAACUACAAAAGUUUAUUGUCAAAAUGUAACCGUACAAUUUCAAACAUUUCCAGUUAAUACAGAUAUUGGAUCAUGUACGUGUGAUUUAACUGCAAGUAAAUGCGAUGUGUCAUGUUGUUGUGAUCUUGAUUGUACGUCAUAUGAUCAACAAGCAUUUUCAUGUACUUCGAGAGACAAUAAAUAUACAAAUACAACACCAAUUCUAUCUACUGUUCAACCAUCAUGUUACAAAAAUCUAUCCAUAUUUGAAUCAAAUUCACCCUAUAUUAUUCAAAAAAUGGGCGAACUUGUUUGUAUAGAUUUUCAACGAUAUAGUGGAAGUCAAUAUUAUCAACAACCAAAUGUUCAAACAUUGGAUCCGGGUUCUUUUGUACGAACAAUUAAUAGAGAAAAUAGUGUAUCAGCACCAUCUGGAUUAUCAACUAAUCUUACUUUUUAUGAAGUCGGUACGUCGAUACUGACAUAUAACAUGGCAAGACAGGCACCGAUUUAUUUUUCUCUGCCAGUGAAACUAUUCAAUAAUCAAUUGUGUUCUGGAUCACAAUCGAUCACUUAUAUGAAUGAUUUUACAUCAGCGUGUAGUCGAUUAGUGACUGAAGGCACAUGUAAUGGAACUCUUAAUCCUUCGACAUAUAUGAACCCUCUUUGUCUUAUUAGAUCUCCUGCAGCACCCUUUGAUAACUCAACAUACAUUUGUGAUAAUACAAAUAUUAUUUCGGCAAAUUUUGCUGGAGGCACUUGCUCAAGUGCUCUUAAAAGUUUAACUAUUAAAAUUUUCUAUUCAAAUCCAACUGGAAUAGUAAAUGUGACUGUUACUCCAGUGACUGAUAACCCAGAAAAUGGUACAACCUUUGAACAAACAUUUAUUGUUCAAUUUAUUCAAAAUGAUUCAUCAUCAUCAUCAUCAUCAGGCGUAGCACGUAAUCCAGGUUAUCUUCAAAGUGCUAAUCUUAUAGUGGGUAUCGAAAAUGGAUCUGCAGUCGAACUAUUGAGUUCUUCAAAGUUUUCAAUCCUACAGCCAUUAUCAACUGGCUAUUGUGACUUGACUAAUACACAACGUAUGCCAAUCAGUUUUGGUGAAAAUGUUCGUUCUACUUGUAAAUACAAUGUAUCAACUACUCAAACAACCUGUCCUAAUCUCUAUGAUUUACUUAUGCCUAUUAAUUCAACUAAUUUGUAUGUAGCUGCUUAUAGUAAUUCAGAUCAGUUCAAUAUUACCACUGAUUGGUUACCAGUCAUAUCAUGUGUAUCCGAAAUAGGAUCUCCAAGUAAUCGUCUAUGUCAAAAUGGUAUUAAGAUAAGUCCAAGUGUGAAUGGUUUGUGUGAUGUUAAAUUAGAUAUUCAAAUAGCUUAUACAAAGAUUGGUUCUAUUAGUAAUCCACAAUCUGUAUUGAGCGCAGUUAUCUUUCAUUAUCAAGGAAGAACAGUGGCAUCAACAGAUCCAUUAAGUGAAACAUUACUUGUUAUGGAAAGUGUUACUUUUCAAGAUAUAUCAAUCACACCUGUUACUGAACAAGGUCAAAUACCAUCACCAAAUGCUCGUUUACCAGCCGAUUUCUUCUAUCCAUUCUCUACUAAUCAAGCAACGAAAUUUAUGAAAUACUCAUUAUUUCAUUAUCUUUUGAUUAGUAUUCUUUUUAGUCUCAUGUAG